CAGAAUACAGUCAGUUCAAAGUGAAUGAGUACCAUGCUUCAAGCCCAUUAUUUCAAGUUGUUUGGUAAUACCGAAAGCCAAUCCUUGAAGUGAAUAUUGACGGUAUCGCGCUCUUCAUUAAAAGUGACCAAGCAACAAAAUACUGGUGCUGCCAAUCAAAGCACUCGAGAGGAGUAUCACGUGCAACGCUGGACGAAAUUGUCUGUGGGGUAAAUUGCGUUUGUAAUAACCUUUACCUAUCACUCAGCCUUGUUCAUUCUCUUUGAAUUACACUACAUGCCAAAGCUCCCUGUCAGCAAUACGUACAUUAUCCCAGCUCAUCCGGGUACUGAGAAUGGCGAAAAUCUCAAGUUGGUAGUCGAGCAGUACUCAUUCCCAGCUGUAACUGCAAAGAACGCUAGAACUGUGAAUGUCGUUUGGUCUCACGCUAAUGGCUUCCACAAGGAGACACUACACCCGUUGAUGCGCAGAAACAUUAAGCAGCUCCGGGAGAGCUAUGGCGACGUUAAUUUCGAGUUUUACGCUUGGGAUGGUCGAAACCAAGGCGACUCCGGACGACUGAAUGUCGAUCAUCUCCCGCUAACAUUUUCGUGGCAGGAUCAUGCCUCAGAUAUUCACCAGUUAAUUGAAGAGCUGAAGCUGAAACAUUCACAUACCCAAUUGAUUGGCAUUGGACAUUCUGUUGGAGCAACAUCAACAAUUCUUUGUGAAUUCCGUUAUCCUGGCACAUUUGAUGCUAUCAUUGCAAUUGAGCCAAUUUUUAUAGUGGAUGUUGCACCAAAGAGGCUACGUGAGGGAAUGCCAAUGUUGGCUUCGCGUAAGCGUAGAGAUCAGUGGGACAGCUUUGAGGCCGCGUACACAUUUUUCUCCAAGAGACCAUUUUGGAAAACUUGGGACCCAGAAGCUCUUGAGCUCUUUGUGAAAUACGGCCUGUACGAGACUGAAGAUGGAAAGGUUCGCCUGAAGUGCCAGCCAGAGCAAGAAUAUGCUGUUUAUUGGUAUGACUGCCAUUCUCAGAUUGUUGCCUUUAGAUGUUUAGGCGCUAUCCGCAUACCCGUUCACAUUGUCUUUGGGGAUGAAUCACAUAUCUUCCCGUUGUCGGAAUUGGAGGGCAUCGAUAAGACUGCUCCAACUGUGGACAUAUCUGUUGUCAGCGGCGGUCACAUUGUGCCUCUCGAAAAACCUGACUUGAUAGCAUCUGAUAUCCUACCAUUCUUCCAAAAAGUUCUGAGUGAUGGGUCUGAACAAAGGCUUCAAGCCAAGCUUUGAAAUCAUAGACUAGAAUACAAAGAAGAAGCCGCACUCAUCAGUGUAUAUGCAUUGAUAAGGUGUCCCACCGAAUUGCUCUGGAGCAUAAUAGUGCAAAAUGUAGUUUUAACCAAUCAAUGGUUGUAUGUAAUAAGACUAUGAUACCUAUUUAAAUGACUCUUCUCACCUAAUG